AUGUUGUCAGAAACUGUUAUUUAAUAAUCUCCAGCUAAGAAAACUAUUAAAAGAAUACAAGGUUAUAAAAAAAAAGGAAUUUUUACAGAAUAAGUUGAAUAAAAUAAUUUUGAAGAUGAACAUAAACAAAGUUUAGAAGAUAGACUUAAAAUGUAAAAUUAUUUAAAAGAGGCUAAAGAAGAGCUUAUGAAAAUUGCUAAUCAAAAUAAAGAUUUUAUGAUAUUCUCCUCUUAUGAAGAAAUGUCUAAGCAUAGAGAAAAAAGAAGAAAUGAAGAAUAAUAAAUGAUUUUUAAACCAUUAUAAUUUCCAACUAAAGGCGGAUCUGUAAUAAGAUGUAAAAAAAUACAGUAAAACACUACGCCUGAAGAAAUGAAUGCAAAUUAUGGUAUUUUAACUUUGGAUUAGAAAAUUAAAGCAAAUAAAGCUUAUACUGAUAGAUAAGAAAGUAAUUCCCCUAAUAAAUUUGAUUUUACUGAAAAAUUUCAUCAUAUAGAAGGUAAAAUUGCUAAGCAAAAUAGAAUAGAAAUCAUCAAAGAAUAUAGUAAAAUUUAUAAAAGAGUUCAAAUUAAAGCAGUACCUAAAUAAUUAAAUGAAUCUCAAUAUAAUUCAAAAUAUAGAUAAGCAGUUUAAAAAGUUUAGGUAAUUAAUCAUAGAAAAAGUGGGAAAAAUAUUUUACCUGUUUUAUCAAUUGAAAAAAAAGAGUCUGUAGAAUCAAUUCUUUCAGAUCUUAAUUACAGUAGAUGGUCUUUGGAAUAAGAUAUUAGUUAUUAAAAUAUUCCAGAUUAAAAAAUUGGUUUAUAAUAAAGAUUAGGUGGUGGAUUUACUAAAAUAAACAAAGAAAAAUAUUUAGAAUACUUUUCUAAAUGA